UGUAUGAGUGAAGCGCGUGUGUGCGUGCGCACACAUUGAGAUACCUAAAUGUACCAUUGUAGUGUGCUGUGCGUCAGUCACCAAUAAACCUUGAUUCAUAUUACACGUCGUGUAUUAUUUAUCUCAGUGGCGACGAGGAUUGGUUUUCGUAAAAAGUUAAUAGUUUCUAGACAAAAUGCCGAUCGGGAAAUUGACGGAAUUUAAUGUAAGGACUGGAAAUUGGACUUUGUAUAUCGAAAGAGCGGAGAUGUUCUUCAAAGUGAAUGAGGUGAAAACAGAUUUGUGGCUACCCACUUUAAUCGCGGCUAUGGGAGAUGAGUCUUAUGAAUUAUUAAGUAAUUUGACUAGUCCAGAUUUACCAAGCUCAAAAACCUACACAGAAGUCGUAAGCGUGAUUAAAAACCAUUUACAACCGAAACCAUCAUUUAUAUCGCAAAGGUAUCAUUUUCGACAGAGGAGACAAAAUGCGGGUGAGUCGAUAUCGCAAUAUAUCUCGGAGUUGAAGAAAAUGGCCAAAUAUUGCGAAUUUAGAACUGCUUUAGAAGAUAACCUAAGAGAUCAGCUGAUUUGUGGGUUGCGGAGUGAAUUAAUCAGACAAAGGUUAUUCGCGGAAGAGAAUCUGGUGUAUGGAAAAGCAGUAACCAUAGCCUGUGCAAUGGAAGCGGCAGAAAAAGAUGCAGCGGCGGUGGAACAAAAGACGACGGGUGGCGUGACCGACCCGGGUGGCGGCAGCGAGACCGGCAGCGCGGCUAGUGCGCUGAACGCCGUGAACGCGCACUCCGCGCGGCGGAGCGGACCGGGCCACCGGGGGCGAGGGGGCGCACGCGCACCGGCAGCGUCGUCGGGGCCGGAUCGGAAAGGACAGGGUGACUCAAGAUACAAUUGUUAUGCGUGCGGAGCCGCGGGACACGGCAGCGAUGAGUGUCGCUACCGACGCUUUAUCUGCGGGAGAUGUAAGCAGCGCGGGCAUUUACGUCGUGUGUGCCCAUUGAAUAAUGGGGGGCCACGAGGAUCGCGAGGAGGAAUACACAGCAACAUGGUAGCCCAUGUACGAACCAUGGAUGAAGCAUCGUCGGAGGGGAUGGAUUUUCCUGAGUGGUCGGGAGAUGAUGAACCUCCAUCAACCUCGGACGAGGAGGACUGGCAAGUGGAGGAGCUACAUCAACUAAGUUUAAGUAGUUAUAAGCCGGCAUAGCGAGUUGUUUUCGGAGGGAUUGGGCCGGUUCACGGGAGGGGUAGCCAGGCUGCGGGUGCGCGAGGGGGCGGUGCCGGUGUUCUGCCGCGCGCGGCCGGUGCCCUACGCGCUGCGCGAGCGGCUCGACGAC